GGCCAUUUGAACCCGGAGGUACGUCCAUAACUGCAUAAAACUAACGGCUUUCUUUCUCACACUCAACAGGAGCAAUACGUCGCCGUCAAACGCAUUGUACACAGCGACACAGACCCUUCAAGAUUCAUGGCAGAGCACAGGAACCUGAAAGCAUUCAAGCAAUGUCUGGAUCGAAAUACGAAUAUCAUGCUGAGCUAUACCGCAUUUGCGCAUGAUUCAAACUUCAUUAUAAUAUCACCGUUAGCAGACCUUGACCUUUACAAAUUUUUCAAAGGGUCAUAUCCAGACUUUCAAGCCCGCCGAAGGCGAUUUACACCAAUCGCAUUGCUAAAGGAGUCCCUGGGUCUUGCUGCUGCGCUCAACUUUCUCCAUGAUGGACUGAGAAUGAGAGGAGGGCAAAAAGUUGCUUGCGCACACUUGGAUCUUAAACCAGAGAAUAUUUUGGUGAAGUGGGGCGCAACGGUUGUUGGUCGUUGGAAGAUCCAUGACUUUGGAACUUCAAGGAUCAAGGAACCUUCGGCUACAACCCCUAAGGUUUCAGGUUUGCUGCCUGGCGAUUUUCUUAGGCAGUUCUCAUUCACAAGAGCUGGUCGGGCGCCUGGACCAUUCCAAGCCCCGGAAGUUCAGUUCAGCCAAGAACGGGUUGUUGGUAGGGAAAGCGACAUGUGGUCUUUCGGUUGCAUUUUGGCAUUCGUUCUCGCCUUUGCUGUAGGUGGGCCAAAACAUAUAUCACAACUAGCGAAGACUCUUGACGGGCCAGUUUUGGAAGACACGAAAACCGACUACUUCUACACCAUUGACUCGAUUGAUAAAUCUAAAUUUAUUAUCAAACCGAAGGUAGCGGAGUGGCUGAAGGGCCUCAAGAUGGACAAUGUCGGCAAGACACCCUGGGUCAAUGACACUCUGGACCUCAUCUUCAGUACCCUAGUGGUGGAUGCUAAAGCGCGACCGAAAGCUUUUGAGUCUCUGAAUCGUUUGGAUGCGGUUUGUUCCGAGAAGACUGAUAAUUUCGAUGCAAUUUGUAGUUGGGUGCCAGCAGAGGAAGAUUACGGCAUCGAAAUAGUGCCUUCUGUAUCCUCCCCUGAAAAUACUCAACCUUCCUCGACUCAGUCUAUCCGAGAGACUUCGCAACCUACGGAUGGGCAUUGUAGCUCUCCGAAUUCUCCGUCAAACCCGACAACGAGCGGGUCUAGACUAUCUGAUACCUCGUCAAGGCCUUCUAAUGAAAUUACGGAAACUGCUGUGUUCAUGAAACUCAAAGCACCCCUCAAUACCUUCAAAACGACAAUUUGCCCGUCGAGUUGCCACGUCGCAUUCGUAUCGAAAAAGCUGGCUGAACUCCACUGCCUGAGGAAGGAUAUGAAUUGGGUUGAAACACGUCCAAAAUUGAUAACUCAGCCUAUGAUUCAUGCCCCGGACGUUACGGAGAUUGCUUGUCCUGACGAGGGGUACGAAUGGAAUUAUGUCUGCCUCUCUGAUUCUUAUGUUCUCUUAAGAGCUAAGGACCAGAGAAGUAGAAUAAAAAAAGUAAGCCCUCUGCUUCGUGUCCGCUCUGAUUGCACCUCCCAAUUCUGUUGAGUUUUAUCCUUGCUUAGAGCCUAUUUUUGGGCUUCAAAGAACUGUUUCUACAAAUUUUCAGGACGUUGCACGUCUACUGCAGCCCAGUCUUCCCGACUAGCCGCCGCAAGUUGCCUAGCCACUAACUAUUAUAGAUCCAUCUAUAUAGAUAUGACAUGCGGGACCACAUAAGCUCCGGGAAACCGGAGGAGGUGCCUUUGGUUGAACGGAAUCAAUCCAAGUCUGUCCAGGCCGCUGCAACAGAUGCUGUGGAAAUGGCUGUGUCGAGUCUUGGUGAUGUACUUUUCAUGUUGGAUGCCGAAUUAUAUUCCUAUUCAUCAAACCUUGGGUAACUCCCGAUCG